AUGGCCUGCACGCACAAGCCCAUGACGGUGACCGGCAUGCUUUCGCAGUCCAUCCGCAAAGCGAAGCUGGACGUGAUCGACGAGAUGAAGAUCGAUUCGGACGUCACGAAGUUUUCGGACUACUACGGCAUGUGCGAGAGGAUCUUCAAGAUGCCGAUGCCGCUGUCGUACACCCGGCUGACCUCCAGGUUCCUCAGCGUGUGGCUGCUCUUCAUGCCCCUUGCGCUCUACGGCGCCAUUAACCCCCACUGGGCCAUCGUGCCCAUCACCGCGUUUCUGGCCUUCGCGAUCUUCGGUAUCGAGGAGCUCGGUGUCCAGAUCGAGGAGCCCUUCUCCAUACUCCCCAUGGACACCAUGGCAGGCAUCGACGCGAGUAUCUUCGAGGCCCUGGAGCUGGAUAAGGAGGACCGGAAGAAACAGGGCGUUGUUGCUUGA